AGUUCGAAAUUGUUUAGCUUUGAGAUGUUAGAAUAUUGUGAGUUUUCUAUGAUUGAUAAUUGUUUUUAUACGAUAUGACUCUCGGCCUUAUACUAAUGUUUCUGUGUUUCUAGGUUUGGUCGGGACAAAGGUAAACUGACUCAGAGGAUCACUAAAGUCUUUACAAACAAGUUUGAUGGUCCCUUCUACAGUUGGACUUGCGUCGAUCAGGACAAAAAAGAAAAUUUCUUUGUUGAAUUUGCAGUUAAGUAUUUUUUUUCUUAAUUGCUAUUGUAUGGGAUUGCAACUGUUUUUAAGUUGCAGUUUAGUAUUUUCUUCUAAACUACUAAACUGUUGAUUUAUUUGAUUACUAACAUCAGCCUUGUCUUAUUUUUGUAGAAAACUCACACUUGGAAUCCCAUAUAUACUGGUGUGGUUCAAGAGAAGUUCGGGCAGGUAUGUCAGCGACGUAUGAAGGACAUGGUUAGCAAGCGUAGGAAGUCUCGAGUUCGACCAUCCUGGAUUUUGAAUGAUCUGUGGAAAGAAAUGACAGCUUACUGGGACACUGCUAAAGCCCAACAAAAAAGCGAGACAACAUCAGCUGCUCGGUUGUCUGACCGAAAUGGUCUUGGUCCUCACAAGCACAAUGCUGGCCAGAAGUCUUACCUCCAAAUCGAACAAGAAAUGGUUGAAGAAUUGGGCAGACCAGUGACUAUUGGUGAAGUUUUCAUCAAGGCACACACCAAAAAAAAUGGCAGCUUUGUAGAUAAGAAAGCAAAGCUAGUUGCAGAGGCCUAUGAGAAGAACAAGCAAGCCAAGCUGGCUGACCUUCAAGCUGAAAACUCAGAGAGUUCAGAUGGUACUUCACACCCUCCACAACUCUCUCUAGACCAGGAUAAUGAGCUCUUCCUUCUGUCCACUGUCACAGACAAAAGAGGAAGACACUAUGGAAUAGGAAGCCUAGAAAGUACUAUUGUCAACGGAAAGCGCAAGCGUUGUAAAUCCUCUUCUUCGUACGUAGACCUCGAAAAACAGCUCAGCGAUGCUCACCGGAAGAUUGAGAAGCAGGCGGCUUACACUGCCAAGCAAGCAAAAAAGCUCAAAAGUUUUUCCUUGGUGAAGAAGUAUCUGGCUGCAACUGAUCCAAAUUUUUUGGCCUUCAUGGCUGCUAAUCAAGGUGAAGAUGAUGAUGAAGGUGAAGGUGAAGGUGAAGGUGAAGGUGAAGGUGAAGGUGAAGGUGAAGGUGAAGUGAAAGUGAAAGUGAAAGUGAAGGUGAAGGUGAAGGUGAAGGUGAAGAAGGUGAAGAUGAAGGGGAAGGUGAAAGUGAAGAUGAAGAUGAAUUUUAGGUUCCCUACUCUUGUACUACUAUAAUAUUUUGUAUGCUAAUGCUUAACUCCUUAGAGUGCCUUUUGCAACAUUAUGUUAUGAAUUCUCUGUUUUAUAUUAAAAUUUUUGUUUUUAUUAUUGUCAUUGUUUUACUGCAAAUGAACAAAUUAAUUAAAAAAAAAGAAAAUCAAAAAAAUCUGAUUUGUGAUUUUUGAAUCUUGGAGUCGCUAAUAAGUCACAAAAUUUAGUCGCAAUGUAGUCGCUAGAUAACCACAUAUUACACAUCUAAAUCAACAACUCAGUCGCUAUAUAGUCACUAAUGCUGUACAUAAUCAGUCGUUGGGUAGUCGCUAAUUUUGCGACUAUCUACCGACUCCCCUCUAACGACUAAUAAGCGACUACAAUUUCCCGUCUACAUAACGACUGAUAAACAGCCGUAGUUUGGUCUUUGGAUAGUAGUAGUUCAGUCGGUAUAUUUUGCGACUUAAUUGCGUCUAUUUUACGACUACAAUAUACAGUGACAAAAUAGUCGUAAUUCAGUCGCAAAAUUGCGACUUAUUAACGACUCCUCGUAUUAGCGACACAGCAAUUUGCGACCACGUUGAUCAGUCGCAAAUCAGUCGUUAUGUUACGUUUUGCGACUGAAUAACUACGGAUAUUG